AUGUCCCGUCGCAAGCAGGGAAACCCGCAGCACUUGUCACAAAGAGAGAUUAUCACACCAGAGGCUGACCAUGUGGAAACGGUGCUUGCCGACGAAGAUGAGAGCCUGGCAAUAGCGGAGCCGGGUGGCAUCAGCAUCGCCCCAGGUGGGACAGACCCCGAUUUGUUAACCUGUGGACAGUGUCAGAUGAACUUCCCCCUGGGAGACAUCUUGGUUUUUAUAGAGCACAAGAAGAAACAGUGCAAUGGCACUGGUGGUGUCUGCUAUGAAAAGAGCCUGGAUAAGAGCAGCCCUCCCCCCUCCUCCCGCUCCGAGCUCAGGAAAGUGUCAGAGCCAGUGGAAAUCGGGAUCCAAGUCACACCCGAUGAAGAAGACCGUCUUCUCACGCCUACAAAAGGAAUUUGCCCCAAGCAGGAGAACAUUGCAGGGCCGUCCAGGCCUGCAAAGCUGCUGGGGGCUCCCAUAGCUGCCUCCUCCCACCCUCACACAUCAGUGAUCACGUCACCUCUCCGCGCACUGGCCUCUCUCCCGCCCUGCCUUAGCCUGCCCUGCUGUGGUGCCCGUGCAGUCUCAGUUGGCGGGACUCAGACUGAGACUCAGACUGAGACUUCAGGCACAUUUGGAUGUCAUUGUCAGUUGUCAGGUAAAGAUGAGCCUUCAAGCUAUAUUUGCACAACAUGCAAGCAGCCUUUUAAUAGCGCUUGGUUCUUGCUUCAGCAUGCCCAGAACACACAUGGAUUCCGCAUCUACCUGGAAACCAGCCCUUCAAACAGUUCCCUUACUCCACGCAUCACCAUCCCUCCUCCUCUGGGACCAGAGACUGUUGCACAGUCCCCGCUGAUGAAUUUCCUUGGAGACAACAACCCUUUUAGUCUUUUGCGGAUGACGGGCCCCAUCCUACGUGAUCACCCUGGCUUUGGUGAGGGUCGGCUCCCCAACACACCUCCACUGUUCAGCCCACCGCCUCGUCAUCAUCUGGAUCCACAUCGCCUUAGUGCCGAAGAAAUGGGGUUAGUUGCCCAGCAUCCCAGUGCCUUUGACAGAGUUAUGCGUUUAAACCCCAUGGCAAUUGAGUCCCCAGCGAUGGAUUUCUCCAGAAGGCUUCGAGAACUGGCAGGAAACAAUUCUACCCCUCCUCCAGUCUCACCGAAUCGCACCAACCCUAUGCAUCGCUUGUUGAAUCCUUUCCAGCCUAGCCCUAAAUCACCCUUUUUGAGCACCCCGCCAUUGCCACCAAUGCCCCCAAGCAGCACUACGCCGCCGCAGCCUCAGGCGAAGAGUAAGUCCUGUGAAUUCUGUGGGAAAACAUUCAAGUUCCAGAGUAAUCUUAUCGUGCACCGACGCAGUCAUACAGGAGAAAAGCCCUACAAAUGUCAACUCUGUGAUCAUGCUUGCUCCCAGGCCAGCAAGCUAAAACGUCAUAUGAAAACACAUAUGCACAAAGCUGGCUCCAUGACAGGCAGGUCAGAUGAUGGACUCUCCACCACAAGUUCUCCUGAGCCAGGCACAAGUGAGCUCACUGGAGAGGGACUAAAAUCCAGUGAGACGGAUUUCAGGAAUGAGAGUGAUCCCUCCCUGGGCCAUGACAAUGAAGAAGAGGAAGAAGAAGAGGAGGAGGAAGAGGAGCUUGAAAAUGAGAGCAGGCCAGAGUCAAGCUUCAGCAUGGACUCAGAGCUAAGUCGUAACCGAGAGAACGGUUCCAAAUCGCUACCAGAUGAAAAAUCCCUUGUCCUUGGAAAAGUUAUAGAGAAUGUAAGUCUCGGUGCCAUCCAGCAAUACAAUGACAUGCUAGCUGAAAAACAGAAGAGGAGUAGCUUCAUGAAAAGGUCUUCUGAUCAGCGAGACCUGUGUCCUCGAGACCUCUGUCAGCGAGACACAGGCGACGAAGACUCAGUGGCAGGAGAACUUGACCGCACUGAGGAAGGGACGGUCAAUGGAAGAAACUUUGGCCCAGGAGAACCCUUCCCAGGCUUGUUCCCUCGCAAGCCAACACCUAUCACGAGCCCCAGUUUAAACAACUCUUCUAAAAGAAUAAAAAUAGAGAAAGAUUUGGACUUACCACCAGCAACAAUAAUACCUUCUGAAAAUGUUUACUCCCAGUGGCUGGUAGGGUAUGCAGCAUCAAGGCACUUCAUGAAGGAUCCGUUUCUAGGAUUCACAGACUCCCGACAAUCCCCCUUUGCAACUUCUUCUGAGCAUUCUUCAGAGAACGGAAGCCUGCGUUUCUCCACUCCACCAGGUGACAUGCUGGAUGGGGGUCUCUCAGGGCGCAGUGGGACAGCGAGCGGAGGCAGCACUCCCCACAUCAGUGGACCUGGUCCCGGUCGACCCAGUUCAAAGGAAGGGCGGAGGAGCGAUACAUGCGAGUACUGUGGCAAGGUCUUUAAGAACUGCAGCAACUUAACGGUGCACCGCCGGAGCCACACUGGAGAGCGGCCUUACAAAUGCGAGCUCUGCAACUAUGCAUGUGCCCAGAGCAGUAAGCUGACACGUCAUAUGAAAACGCAUGGCCAGAUAGGGAAGGAGGUCUACCGCUGCGACAUUUGUCAGAUGCCCUUCAGUGUUUACAGCACCCUGGAGAAACACAUGAAAAAGUGGCAUGGAGAACAUUUGCUGACAAAUGACGUCAAAAUUGAGCAGGCAGAAAGAAGCUAA